AUGUGGACGAUAGCAUUACCCAAUUCUGCUCUUUUAUACCCAGGCCUCUGUGAGAGUACUUGUUUUUGCAGGGUGAGAGCUCGUGUUUACUGUGAAGACUUUCUGUUCCCAAAGGUGCACAGAACUAUGGCAGACCUGUGGUGGAUUUACUCCAAACCUGUCCCAGCAAAUGGCAGAGAGCUAUGGACCUUGUUUCUGCAGUGUUCCUGCAUUACAGCAGUGAUAGGAGGCCUCUUUUACAACUGGAUGUUUGCUUCCCUGGAGUACUCCUGGCACCUCUCCAUUGCCAUGGCCAUCUCCUUCAGCCUGCUCCUUCUCCUGACUCUCCUUUUGGUGCACCCUGCCCGUUGUGUCUUCAGCAUGAUCAUGCCCACGUUGGGCACCAAGCAGGGCCGGAAGCUUCUCUUCUCGACCUGCAUCAUGAUCGCAGCGGUGAACAUAACACCCAACAUCAUAAGCAACAUUAAAACCAUACUGCAGGUGAUUCAGUGCAUCUGCAAAAAUUCCUCUGACAGCCUUCUGAACUCAACGGCCUUGCUAGAGAAAGUUUCCUGGGAGUUUGGGGAUGCAGUCCAAGAAGCCAUUCCUUCCAUGCAUAAGCCUAUGAAUGGACAUUUUCGCUUUUCAUUGCUUCAGAACAGCUCCUUGAUUUACCAAAAAAUGCACCUUGCUGGUGAAAAAAUUAGCAGAGAGUUCUUGUCUGCUGAGGUACUGGUCAAAGACUCUGUACGAGUAGCCAACAGACUGGCUGCUGGUUUCUUCAUGCUCUAUCUCUGUUUUGAGUCCACCUGGUAUUUGAAAAAUUAUCUCACCAACCUCAGCUUUGACAAUUUUUACAUCACCAAGAAGCUGGAACGUUUAGCCGUGGACAGAAGAGCAGCUCAUCUCCUGGUGGGCUCAUCCAAAAAACUCAUCCGACCUACAGGCUUGAAGCUGUCCAGGGAAGAAGUGGUGCUGUGCCUCGUGCAAGCCAUGCUGGUCACGGUGGCCCUGAUGCUGAUGCUGGUGGUGGUGGCCAUGGACCACUUUGCGUUCAGCGUGGCAGACACGGCAGUGAGAAAGGCAGCUCAGUUCUCCGCCGUGCCCGUCACCCUCAGCAUCAAAUACAAGGCUGAAGUAGGGAUCAUGCCCUUUCUAUUCAAAAUCUUCUGGCGUCCUUCUGAGGCAUUGCUGCUCAGUGACUUCAACAAGACCUACCACCAUCAUCUGCUCUUCAGCUCUGCCCACUGCAGGAUCAGCCCCCCCACGCCUCCCAAGCCCUCUGUGCUGCUCGUGGUGGGGCUGCUCUUCUGCAUCCUCUAUGGCACCGUGUUCCUGGAAACCUUCGCGCGGCGCCUGUGCCGCAGCAUCGCCGCCUCCUUCUUCCAGAGCCAGGAGGAGAAGAGAGCGCUCCACCUGUACAGGAAACUCUCCAGGAGGCACAGGAAGGAGCAAAACUCUCUGAAAGGGGAUGUCUGAUACCACAGCACAGGCUUCUGCCACAGGAACAAACAUUUGUUUUUCCAGAGUUAGAGAAGUGUUUGGAGCUUGGGGAAAAAAUACUAAAAAAAAAGAAGAAAAAAGUUGAAAU